CCCGCUCCAGGAAGUGCGGGGGCUCCGGCGCCGGCCGCCGCGAUGCAUUCUGGGCCAGCAGCAGCACCAGAGCCAAGAUGGCGGCCAGCAGGAGGCUGAUGAAGGAGCUUGAAGAAAUCCGCAAAUGUGGGAUGAAAAACUUCCGUAACAUCCAGGUUGAUGAAGCUAAUUUAUUGACUUGGCAAGGGCUUAUUGUUCCUGACAACCCUCCAUAUGAUAAAGGGGCCUUCAGAAUUGAAAUCAACUUUCCAGCAGAGUACCCAUUCAAACCACCGAAGAUCACAUUUAAAACGAAGAUCUAUCACCCGAACAUUGAUGAAAAGGGGCAGGUCUGUCUGCCGGUAAUUAGUGCUGAAAACUGGAAGCCAGCAACCAAAACUGACCAAGUCAUCCAGUCCCUCAUAGCACUGGUGAACGACCCCCAGCCCGAGCACCCGCUCCGGGCUGACCUAGCUGAAGAAUACUCUAAGGACCGUAAAAAAUUCUGUAAGAACGCUGAAGAGUUUACAAAGAAAUAUGGGGAAAAGCGACCUGUGGACUAAAAUCUGCCACGAUUGAUUCCAGCAAGUGUGAGCAGAGAUGCCGAGCAGUACAUUCAGACACCCACAAAGCAGGACUCUAUGGAAAAUUGACAUGUGCCACCGCCUGGCGUCUGCUUGUGGCAGUUACUAACUUUCUACAGUUUUCUUAAUCAAAAGUGGUCUAGGUGACCUGUAAAGAAAGGAUUAAAAAUUUAAGAUGUUCUA